AAGCUGAGGCGAACUUCUGGCAGUCCAUGGCUUCAUUUCUUCAGCAAACAGGUUAAAGAGCUCUUUUCUUCUUUGGGAGUGGACUAUAAUAUCCUGGAACUUGAUCAAGUCGACGAUGGAGCCAAUGUUCAGGAGAUGCUGUCAGAGAUCACCAAUCAGAAGACCGUGCCCAAUAUUUUUGUAAAUAAAGUACACAUGGGUGGGUGUGACCGGACGUUCCAGGCGCAUCAGAGUGGUUUGUUACAGAAGAUCCUCCAGGAGGAAUCAGCCUACGAGUACGACCUCAUCGUCAUCGGCGGAGGCUCGGGCGGCCUCUCGUGUGCGAAGGAAGCCGCCAUUUUGGGGAAGAAGGUUAUGGUGCUAGAUUUUGUGGUCCCCUCCCCUCGGGGCACGUCCUGGGGGCUCGGGGGCACUUGUGUGAACGUAGGCUGUAUUCCCAAGAAGCUGAUGCAUCAGGCUGCCCUCCUGGGACAGGCGUUACGUGACUCUCGGAAGUUUGGCUGGGAGUACAGUCAGCAGGUGAAGCACAACUGGGAGACCAUGACAGAAGCGAUUCAGAACCACAUUGGCUCUCUGAACUGGGGCUACAGGUUGUCUUUGAGGGAGAGGGGCGUGACCUAUGUGAACUCCUACGGAGAAUUUGUUGAACAUCAUACAGUAAAGGCAACCAAUCGAAAGGGACAGGAAACUUACUACACUUCUGCCACAUUUGUCAUAGCAACAGGUGAAAGACCACGAUAUUUAGGGAUCCCAGGAGAUAAGGAAUUCUGUAUUACUAGUGAUGACCUUUUUUCUCUACCUUAUUGUCCCGGCAAAACGUUGGUAGUGGGCGCCUCUUACGUGGCGCUGGAGUGUGCGGGGUUUCUGGCUGGCCUUGGGUUAGACGUCACGGUCAUGGUGCGCUCCAUCCUUCUGCGAGGCUUUGAUCAAGAAAUGGCAGAGAAAGUGGGCUCCUAUAUGCAGCAGCACGGUGUUAAGUUCUUAAGAAAGUUUGUACCUGUGAUGGUUCAACAGUUGGAGAAGGGUUCACCUGGAAAGCUGAAAGUAACGGCUAAGUCUACGGAGGGGCCAGAGACGAUUGAAGGAGUGUACAACACGGUUCUGUUAGCUAUUGGUCGCGACUCCUGUACGAGGAACAUCGGCUUAGAGAAGAUUGGAGUCAGAAUCAACGAGAAGAAUGGCAAAAUACCGGUCAAUGACGUGGAACAGACCAACGUGCCCUAUGUCUAUGCCAUUGGAGACGUUCUGGAAGGCAAACCGGAGCUCACUCCCGUGGCCAUCCAGGCAGGCAAGCUGUUGGCUCGAAGGCUCCAUGGGAUGUCCUCAGAAAAGUGUGAUUAUUUCAGCAUUCCAACAACAGUGUUUACUCCUCUGGAAUAUGGUUGCUGUGGAUUAUCGGAAGAGAAAGCCACUGAAUUAUAUAUGAAAGAGAAUCUAGAAGUGUAUCAUACUUUGUUUUGGCCUCUCGAAUGGACGGUUGCCGGCAGAGACAACAACACUUGUUACGCAAAGAUAAUCUGCAACAAACUGGACCAGGAUCGGGUGAUAGGAUUCCACGUGCUUGGACCCAACGCCGGUGAGAUUACCCAGGGGUUUGCAGCUGCCAUGAAAUGCGGGCUCACGAAACAGCUCCUGGAUGAGACCAUUGGGAUCCACCCCACCUGCGGUGAGGUAUUCACCACGCUGGAGAUCACCAAGUCCUCGGGCCUGGCCAUCACUCAGCAGGGCUGCUGAGGCUAGUGCUGCUGCCGCCGCGUCGUCCUUGUCACGCUCACCUCUCUCAGCGACCAGCCGCGCUCUCGACCCAGCGCGCGGCGGUGCGAAGGUGGACAAGGAGACGGGACAGCAGCAGGUGUCGCCUGCCCUACCCGGCCGUCUGGAGAAGCAGCGCGCUGCUGCCUUGACGCCCUGGCUCGGAACCCACCGUCGGGUGAGCCCCGGCCGACUCUCCUGCAGGUCUGGGUUGAGCCGCCCCUGGGAGGCUCUGGAGUGGCACCAUUAACCCAGCUCCCCUUUCUCGUUCCUAGCGUCGUUACUCCCUUGUUGUUGAUGAGAAAAUAUAUUACCUGU